CAGACGACGGACUGCUCAACUUCAAAACAAACCCUCAUCUGUGUUUUUUUUUUCUUAGGGAGGGCGAAACGGGGCCUUUUUAUACCAGAGACGACUUAUCCCUCAAUUUAGACGAUCUCAGGUCAACCCCCUUCGCAGCUACGCGUCUGUGUGCACGUCCCAGUGCGUUCAUGUGGUGAGGGACUGACAGUUAGUCUUACGCAAGCCUCCCUGUACGCUGUACACUUUAAACCAUGUCCGACACUGCUGCUCCGACGGAGAACAACGGAGACCCGGGAUUAAACGGCUCAUGGGUGGAGCUUGAGAUGAACAGAAAUUCAGGAGAGUCUCAGGCUUCGUCCACCAACCUGGCGACACCGGCUUUAGCCCAGGUAGUGGAGGAGGAUGAUGGGAUAGUAGGUGGACUGGAGCAUGUCCCCUCCUCAUCCUCCAUUCAUAACGGAGACAUGGAGAAGAUCUUGCUGGACGCUCAGCAUGAGUCCAGCCGCAGCAACUCUUCCUGCGACAGUCCCCCUCGCCCCCACAGUCCUCAGGAUGAAGGUCAGAUCAGCUUCGACGUAGACAGAGGAGAAACUCAGGAGGUGCUGGAAAAGAUGAGGGAUGAUGAUAUUCUGAUGAAGGAUUCAGAUUGGGUGGCAGAUUGGUCCAGCAGACCAGAAAACAUCCCCCCUAAGGAGUUCCAUUUCCGUCACCCCCGGCGAUCAGUGACACUCAGCAUGCGGAAAACAGGAGCAAUGAAGAAAGGAGGAAUCUUCUCCGCUGAGUUCCUGAGAGUGUUCAUCCCCUCGCUGCUGCUCUCACACAUACUGGCCCUGGGGAUCGGGGUCUAUAUUGGAAAGAGGCUGACGACUCCUCCUGCAAGCUCCUUUUGAGCCACAGAAGCAAUGAGCCUCAGCCUACGGCCCAUGUGGAUUUGUGGGAACGUUGCAGUUUGUACGAGGGAUUGCGCCCUCCUGCUCACCCCAAAAUUAACCUGCCCCCUCCCUCACCCGUCUUAAUCUUUUAUUGGUAAAGUCUGUUUGUGAAUCUCCUGUUUAGCCCUUCCAGGGUUCUCUGCUGGCCUGGAAAGUGGCAUGUUAUAGGAGAUUAGACAGACCAUUUUUAUUUCCUCCCCCUUUAAUUAGUGGUCCUAAUGAGUGAUUGUUCAGUUUCCCUCAUGGUCCUAUUUAGAUGGUAGUGUUAGAAAGUUUGGGGUGUAAUAAGGGGGCAAAGAUAAACCAAAUCCAUGAGAGACUUCCUUUCAGCAGCCGUUGAGGAUGUGACCCAAAAACUGAGACUAUCGCUUCCAUUUAAUGGCUGGGUAAUGCACUCAAUCCCAAGGAAAAAAGCAAACAAAAAAACAUGACCCUUUAAAAGGGAUCAGCCAGACUGAAAGUGCGACUAAAUACAUCAGCAUGCCUUUAUAGUAGAUUAUCCUUUGACAAGCGAAUAGUUAUUUCACAAGAAUCAAUGAUUGCAAUCAUUUAUAUAGGCAUUUUAAUUUAUUCUUCAGCAGCUGUGCUUCACUGAUUUGAUUGAUUUGAUUGAUUGAUUGAUUGAUCUGUUGGUUGAGACUUGUAUGUGCUCAAGGACUGGACUUGCCAUAGAUUCCAUACCCAGCCAAUUCAAACGACCUGGAGUUUUGAAACUUUCUAAAAAUACUUGUAAUCUUGAAGACAUGCUUGUUGAGACCUGUUACAUGUGAAAUUAAUGUAAAGUGUUUUGUAUGAUGUAUUUAAUUUAAUGUUACACAGAACAUGGCUCGAUUGGUGUGGGAUGGCAUCUAUGGGGGCCUGUAUGAAGAGAGAGAACAUUGUUGUGUCUGUCUUUCUCCAUGUGUUUUUGUUUUGUCUCGUUUUGCUUGCCACAUGUGUUCCUUUAACUGCAUAUUAGGGUUGUGCUAAGCAUUUCUUACAGUGAAAUACAGUGAAGUUUCUCUGCUAUGCAAUUGUCUCCGUCAAAAAAUGUUCCCACGAUUCAGCUUCUGAUGGCUUUAUUUGGUACUAAAUGGCAUAAAUCUGAAAAUCAGCUCAACCAACAGGAAACGUGGCACAGCUAGUGUUAAAAUGGGAAUAUACUCGCUGCACUUUGACAAUAUAAGCUGGUGCUCAAAAGUUUGGAAUCAAUCUGCACAUUGACAAUUUUUUGUUGGUUUAUAUACAAUAGUGACCUAUACAACAUGGAUGGGAAUAUUAGAUAAUACUGUAACUACACCCCACAUGCUUUAUUUAAUAUAAUAAAUAAAAAAUGUUAUUACAAGAUUAAUAAUCUACCUUAAUUAGGCUUUCAUUCUUUUUGUCAAGGUUGCUGCCUUAGAUUUGAUCAAUGAUGAAAUAUGAUGAAUUCUGUACGUUAAUUUCAUUAGACUGAGUUCUCAGUGUUCUAUAGCUUUGUCAUUUAAAAAAAACCUGAUUCUAAACUUUUGAACAGCGGCAUGCUUAGUACAUACCGUCACAUGCAAAAGUUUGGGCACCCCUGGUCAAAUUACGUUUUGUUGAUUUUCUAAGUGGAAAUAAAUUAAAACAUCCUCUACAGAAGCGGUCACCAGACCUGCUCCUGGACAUCUACCUUGUUGCUGACUUUAGCUCUAACCCUAAUAGACCCCCACCUCAUGAAUUUCAUUAGUUCCUUCAGGUGGUUCCUUGGUUAGAUAAGGGAUGUGUGUUAGAUGAGGGUAAGAGGUGAAACCUGCAAAAAGUUAGAAUACCAGGAGUAGGGUUUGUGACCACUGCUCUCCACUGCACACUGUAAUGCACAGUUACUGGCUGUUUUAUGUUUAAGGAUGUGUUUACUUGUUUUCAUUUUAAAAAUCAACAAAACAUGAUUUGACCAGAGGUGUUGAAAUGUCUGCAUAUGACUGUGUGUAUAUAUAUUACAGCAUAUUAGUUUUGCCGGAGACACUUGAACACUCCAUCUCCAGUAGUGUCUUAGUGAAAACAUGCAUGCAAACGCACAUGUACAUCUGAGGUGGAACAUCAUGAUUAUUUUCUUUUUAUUUAUUCAGAUCAACAGCAACAGGUUAGGCAAUGUGAACAUUUGAUGUUUUUUGAAGGGUGGGCCAUUUGAUGAAAUUAUAUCAUUAUGGUAACUGGAAACUCUGAACAGAAAAUAUGUUGGCAUUUUUAAGCUACUUGUAGAUUAUACAAAAACUAUAAAACUAAAUAUCACCAUAUGCGUCCUGUGCUCUGACAUCUUCUGGUAUUUUAAUGUUAUAUUUUUCACUGGAUUGCCCAACCCUUUUCAGAUGUUCAUGCUCCUGUUUAGCCAAAAAAAGGAACAAAAUUUUUCUUUUCAGCAUUGUAAACUGCUUUGCUGUUGCCAAACGCUUGUCUCAUAAAACCCUGUGCCUGACCUUACCAAGUCCUAACCCAGUUGCUUUUGUGUUUCAGACAGUGGCCAUUUGCGUUUUGUCACUAAGCUUUUCUUGCUGUAUUUGUCGGCCCAUGAACAUACGUGGCAGUUGGGAAGCUUUUCGCACGCAUGUGUAUUUUGGUUCAUUUUUUUUUGCACUCUUCAAUACCUGAGAUGAUCCAGUCUGCAGAAGUUCCAGUGCGAAAGGUAUGCAACAGGCGUCAUAGAGAAAUGAAGGGGAUUUAGAUUGAUUUUGUUUGCAUUAUGUAUUUUAAUUAUGGCUGAGGAAGUACGGAGAGCUGCUGUGGAAAUAGCGCUGCCUAGAGGCUGACAAAAGCCCCUUAACAAGUCAAAAAGCAAGUUUUAUUGAGUUGACAGUUUUUUUCUUUUUUUUUCCCCUGGACAAUUAAGAUUGUUUUGACAUUAAAAUUUGAAGAACAAACUGCA